CACUUAUGAAAUCGGCGCACCGGUACAAAUCGGUUUGACAACCUUGGUGAGUACUAUCGAAAAAUAAAAAUAAAAAAUAUAUUGGUGAGUACUAUCAGCUUUUUGAUCUAUCUAACGUCAUGGGACCUAUGAAGAUUGAAGUCCAUAACAACCCUAACAGUUUUCAAACUUAUUGUUUAUUCGGAUUUCCCUUUCCUCUAUAACAUGCGUUGGUUACGUUUUGUAUUUUCUACCAUAAUUAACAGGCUCAAGAUAGGGUGCAUAAUAAUGGGUUAUGCACCCAUCAAUAAUCAAAUCCGGACCCUUCAUUUAGAAAAUUCAGAUCUAAGGAUAGAGAAUUAAAGACCAUUGUUAUUUUUCCUAACUUUCUUAAUCGGCUCAUAUCUUUUUCGUUUUAACUCGGAUUUUUUUUUUGCACAGAUGGAACGAGUUCAUCGUGCUCUACAAAAUGAGAUCAAUUUUCAAUAUUUUUUGAGAAAAAAAAAAUUCUGGCCUCUCGGUACCAACUGCAUACCAUAUGGUAUUUUCUUCGUUUUUAAUUCGUUUUUUAAAACGUUUGCACAAAAGGGACGAGUUCAUCAUGAUCUAUUGGAUCUAAAAAUUUCUGGGUGAACAAAUUACAUGACCAAAAAAUACCACACAAUACCAUACAAUACCACCAUGGUACGGGGUGGUAUCUUGUGGUACACAAUGAUAAAAGUCUUAAAUAACAGUUAGGGCUAAUACCACUACAACACCCGAACUAUCUCGAAAAUGCCACUUGUGUCCUAUUGUUUCCAAUAUUCCAUAUGUGUCCUGAACUAUUAUUCUGUUAGUGUUGACCGGUGUUGACCGUUAGUAUUUAACAGAAAAUCCAGUCAGCGUUGACAUGGCAUCUGACGUGGAAUUUUCAUUUAUUUUUCCAUCUAAAAUACUAAAAACAAGGAAAACAAAAUGAAAAAUCCCAAAAUCUUUCCCUCUCCCUCUCCCAUCUCACAAUCGACAGAUUCAAUCCCUUAAUUCAAUCCCCUUCCCUCUCCGAGCUCCAAAUCGACGGCUCUGUUGGAAGUCACCGUUUUCAUCCACCCACUACUCCCUAUCCGAUCGGCGGCCAGAGAGCUCGAAAUCUUUUCCACUGUUCGUCGUUGUCGAAGAGAUGGUGGAUUCAAAUCUGGCGAAGAGUAAUCUUCUCCACUAUUCAUCACUGUUCGUCGCUGUCGAAGAACAAUGAGAGUGGUAUUAGCCCUUUUUUUUCUCGUACCCUUUCCCUUAUAUUUUUGUUUUUCCUUUUCCCAUUGUUCUUCCCCUUGCUUUCAUUGUCUCAUCUAUCCACAAUCCACAUGCUCAGUAUAUGUAAAGCUACCUCCAGCUUCAGCCUAAGGUUAGAUUCAUUUCCUGGCAGAGAAUAGGAGAUUUACCACUGAUGCUAGUAAUCGAAGAGUAAUCAACCAGCUUCAGGUAUGGCUGAUUUCAUGAAUGCGCCCCCGAAAUCGGAGGAGCAAGACGAUGUACCGAAGCCGCCGCCGCCGCCGCGGCUCUGCGAUUACUGCAACCAAGCUACCGUCGUGCUGUACUGUAGAGCAGAUUCGGCCAUGCUAUGUCUCGCAUGCGACCGUGAAGUUCAUUUCACCAACCAGCUCUUCAGUGGCGGAGCUAGCAUUUCAAACCACCCCUGUCCUCUUUUCAUAAUAUAAAUAUAUAAAUAUUUAAUUAAAAAUAAUUUAAUAAAAAAUAAUUAUAUCUGCAUAAUUCAUUCAUUAGAUUAAAAAUAACCGACUAUACAAACAUUAUUUUUAACAACCACGGAGAGAUCUCAUAUUGUGAAAGAAACGCAAAAACAUUCGUCGUCUACACUAUUAAAUAAGUCUUUUUCAUUGUAUCUCACUAAAUUAGCAUUAGCAAAUUGGUCGCCAAAUCAACUUGGAAACUUGUUCUUAAUAUAACUCAAAGCUGAAAAAUGCUCUUUUUACAUUUGCACUUGUAAUUUGUAGAAUCAAAACUAGUGGAAUUGUCGUUGUCGCUAGACAAUUUCAGGGUUGUUGGGAAAAAAAAUCGAACAGGCAUAAGGAGAAAAAGAUUCGAUUAGGUCUUUAUUGCAAUUCGAAUUCGUUUAUAGUAUAAUAAAUUAAUUUUAUGUCAAUUUAUGAAUAAGUAAUGAGUUGUGCUGUAGUGACAAAAAUACUCUAAUACUACCAAUAGGGGUUUUGCAUCACCAAUAUACAUAUAUAUGACAUAUUUUUAUUCCUCCCAAAUUUACCCCUGUCCCGGGACAAGGCCCAAUAGGCCUCCCUCCGCCUAUGCAGCUCUUCACCAAACACCCUCGAUGGCUGCUCUGCGACGCUUGUGACGCCUCCCCUUCCUCCAUCUUCUGCGAGACGGAGCACUCCUUUCUCUGCCAGAACUAGGGAUGGCAAUGGGUCGGGUUGGGUCGGGUUUUGCCAAACCCAAACCCAAACCCAUGGGUUUAUCCGUGAAAAAAACCCGGGGUAAAACCCACUGGGUUUGAAAAACUCAAACCCAACCCAACCCGCUGGGUAUCCGCGGGUUCAUGGGUACCCACGGGUUUUUGUUGUAAAAAAUUCACAAUAACAAGUUCCUAUCAAACUUGAUGUCAAAUAUCAAUCUCUCAAUACAAAUUAUCCAUAUAUAAAACACCAUUCUAGAAAAUUCAAGCAAAUCACAAAUUAACUAUACAAAUUGUUCAACACCAAUCUAGAAAACUCAAGAAAAUUGAAGCAAAUCACAAAUUAUCCAUAAAUAACAUGAUUAAUUGAAAGCUUCUUCCUUUCAAUUAAGUUUUUCAAUCUCCACUCGAUAACAUCAAAUUCAUUCUACACAACUAAAAAGAAAAAAUUAGACAUGUCUCCACAAACAUAAAUUAGAUUAGUUGUUUAGAAUAUUAAAUAUGCCGAGAAAUUUAAUUAUAUGGGUGUGGGCGGGUACCCAUGGGCCGGGUUUACCUAAACCCAAACCCAACCCAACCCGGUGAAUAGUGAACGGGUUUAAACCCAAACCCGGCCCAAAACCCGUCAACACGGAUUUUACCCGCGUUGACUGGGUUGGGUCGGGUGGGUACCCGUGGGUUCGGGUUUUAUUGCCAUCCCUAGCCAGAACUGCGAUUGGGAGACCCACCAGCACUCCUUCUCCUCGCUUCACAGCCGGAGGCCGAUCGAUGGGUUUAGCGACUGCCCUUCGGUGAAUGAAUUGAUGGGUCUUUU